AUGCCUAAAAGCACCGGAAUUAGAGUGGGACUAGCGGGCUAUAAAUGCGCUAGUCGCCCUUUUAUACGACUAGCCCGAAAUAUAGGUCCGCACCAAAUCUGGGUCCCCGGAUACCAAGACAUCAAUGGAAAUAAAGAGGCGGAUAAACUGGCUAAAUUGGGGUCCAAAUCACUUCCGACCACCCAGACCGCCCUGGCUGCCCAUAUAAGCUAUGCCUAUAUAGGCAUAAAAAUCAACCAAAUCCGACGGCAUGCGUGGGCGAAUGCUCUAGCUAGCGGCAAAGGCCACUACUUUGACUUUUUUAACCCACGAAUUCACUCUCGAAUACAGCUUCCCAAAACGGCUAGAUCCACUGCUAGCGCCUUUUUCCAGCUUAAGCUAUAA